GGACGCUUCUGCGGCCGCGAGUCCGAGUGCACAUAGUUGUUGAGAGCGAAAAAGGAUUUUGAUGUCGACGUCAAACUUUCAUUCAUACAAUACACUUUUGUGCUUCAUUUGCUUUCUUGGUCUGGCCGUUUGUGUCAGGUUGAUUGUUCUGUCAGUUGUCUGAUUUCUUUUCCGUUUUGUCCAGAUGCACUGUAAGGUUUGCAUAAGUGAGCGUGGGGCAGAUGGCUAGGAGAAACGCGAGGGCGGCUUUCGCCGCUCACCAAGCACAGAGCCGCAGCGUCGUGCGGCGUUGUGUCCUUUCGUCAACAUUUGUCGUGGGGCCGCUCGUCACCGCCUCAUCCCUUGAUGGCACCACGUUGAAGAAGCAACAAGAUACAAUACUCGUUGAUUCGGAAACAUCGACUCGACUCGCAACAGAACCUGCGACCCCGAGUGCUAUUGCAGACGCCGACGAUGCAGGAUAUGUUUCGAUCGCACAGGAAAAUGCAGUCGGAGGGGCGAAGAAUCUAGAACUCAUCCAAGCCUCCUCGUCACUCAACAAAGCGUCUGCGUCUGCUGUGGCGUCUUCUGCAUCUGCCGCGUCGUCGAGUACUAAAGCAGGGGCUUCUGCAUUGACAUCGUCGAAAUCUGCGGCCGAGAUGUCCUCUGAGGCAACUAGUAAGGAGGGACAGGUGCCACCUGGGGCCAUGCCAGGCAUGAACUCCAACAACGUGGGCGCAUACACGGGUGGAAUGGGCGGAGUCAAUCCGAAUAUGGCAGCGGCAGCAGCUGCCGUCGCAUCAGGCGGCGUUCCACCUGCGUGGGCGCAGGGAAUGGGUAUGCCAGCGCAGCAGCUCGCAGCGGCCCAACAGUUUGCGCCCAUGGGCAACAUGGGAGGUUCUUAUUCACCCGCCGGCAUCUUCCAGCCGCCUCCGUCGAUGGUUCCCCCAGGGACAGGCGCAGCAGCAGCGGGCAACCAAGCACUAGUGCCGCAGCCAAGAGGUCUGCCGCCACUUCCUAGCGGAAAAGUCCGACCAAAACUUGGCGCUGAUGAUGAGACUAUGGUAAGCUCGAUGGAGUAGUUGCGUAAUACUGCUUGACGUGCCUGUAGUUGUACCUGCAGCUGUCUGAAGAGUUACCUACUCGUACUCUUAGCCGCUAUCCUGAAUGUUGUAUUUGCAUACUUUCACCAGGUCGCCACUCUAGCCCGCCCCGACAUGGAUCCGAGCGGAGGGAUGAUGUACUUAGCAGCUGUGAACGGAGCGGGACCUUUUUCGAACCCGGAAAAAGUGCAGAAGGCCGCAUUGAAGAACGAGGAGAUGCUAAAAAAAUGGAAAGAGGGCGAUUCUGGCGUUAGCGAUGCAUGGGAGUCGGUACUCAUUUGCUGUCCAAUGAUGUUUGUUUUUAGGAAAUUUCAGUGUGAUUAUAUAUUGAGCAUGAACAAGUAGACAAAAAUGAUAAGGAAAGACGAGAAACCGAAUUCCAAGUUCCUGCUUUGUUCUUGUUUAUCAUGAUCAUUACAUCAGCAAACGCUUCUCACACCAGGCGGGGUCAACUGCAAUUUCGGAGGUUACAAAGACACUGAAGAAGAUCGAGAAGGCGAGGUCAGGCGCUGACACUGCUCUCUUGCGAUUGAAAAAAGCUGUCAGCGGUAUGAUGGAUUGCGACAUUCCUGGUGAUGCCGACGACAAAGCCAAUGCAACAGCAAAUGCAGCUGCUGCACCUUCACUGGGUCAGUCAACUCCUGUGAUCUACAGUCCAGCCAAUCAAGCGAGUGUAAACGGUCUAAAUAGCGCAACGUCAGCUCUGAACUCACUCCUUGGUGGGGGAGGGGGCGGCGGCGGAGGAAGCGGAAUGGGUAUGGGCGGCGGUGGCAUGGGUUCUGGCGGCGGUGGUAGUAGCAUGGGUUCCGGAGGAGGUAUGAGUUUGUUAUAAAUUUGGAAAAGUAUGUUUUUUACUGCUGAUGAAAGUGGAUGAUGUCGCUUGACGCCUGUUUAUGCACUCAACAGUUCCUCUUGUUGCUAUUUGCUCUCGCUCUACUCGUGACGAGACGUUGAUGACUGUUUUCUCCUAUCAUUGUUGCGUAACGCGUGUUGUUUCGCAAGGUAACGACUGGGGGAUGUAUCCGACUUUGCCAAGCGGCGGCGGUCCGACAUUGAGCGAGACUGGGCGCCGGGAGCUCACUGCAGCCGAAAUGGCCAACGGCUUUGGUUCUUCUUCGUCGUCUACUUCCUCUAGUUCAUCUUCUUCUGGUUCUGCUAGUUCAUCAACGAAGGCUUGCUCGUACCAGAAGGAGGAAGCGGGCUAUUGCCGGAACGAGCAUGGAUCCGACCGCGUGGAGGACUAUGCUGCUGAGGAGAAGUGGCAGACUACUACGGGGUCUCUGUCACCGGAUUUCGCGAAGUGCUCCUUUUCAGAGACGGUGGGGGAAUGCAAGCGGCUCUGCGACCGAACACACGGAUGCCGGGCGCUGGAUCACAGCAUCGUUUCGAGUGUCUGCUGUCUCUACAAAACGCAUAGAGUACUCGGCAACAAAUCGGUGGACAACAAGGUGUCGUGCAUGAGGAAGGCCGAUGCUGGCUGCUUGAUCGGAGAAGCUGCGAAUAGACACGCGAGUGCAGGAACCCCAGCUGUUGCACAUGCAGCAUCGUCAGGAACAAAAAUGAAGCUCAUGGGAUCUGGGCUUCUUACUGGAGUGUCUGAGGUAUGAAACUACUUUCUCAAAAAUGUAGUUUCCUAUGUGUAUGUGAUUUCAGUAAAAGGUCGGUCGGUCGGUCGGUCGGGGGCAGCGCCGGGGCAAUGACACCAGGGCGCUGACACCAGGGCCACCCCUGCCGCCGGUGGGCACCAGGGCCACCCCUGCCGGCCGGUGGCCCUGUGAAAGUUAUUCAUUCUGUGAAAGUUAUUCGGAUAUAACACAUGAUCCGAAUCUUCUGUGUAAAAAUGCGAGGAAACUCUAUUGGCAAAGCUGUAGCAUGCAUGCAAAUAUCAACCAAAGGUUCCACAUGAUAUGCAUGGCGGAAUCAGCCUCGCACAAAACGGAGCGUCUGUCGUCCCGACGACUCUCUUUCAGCAGCAGUUGCAGCAGCAUCAGCAAUCGCCGCUGACGCCUUUUUCUGGCUUUUUCCCUCAACAGAACCUCGCUGCCAUGUCUUCGAGGCAACCGUUCGUUCCCAAUAGGGCACCAAAUAUCGCGACGUUUACUGCUGGUCUUAGCGGAAAUGCGAAUGCUCAUUCGCGCACACCGGUGACUGGCGCGAUGACGCCCAACUCUUCUGGACCACUUGGCCCGUUUGCUUCAAGUUACAACACGAUGGCAGCACGAGGCCCGGGCUUUUCACCCGCGAUGCCAUAUGGCAUGCCAGUUACACCACCCGGAAUGCCCGGUCAACCGAUGAAUCCAUUUGCCGCACAGCAAGCGUAUGCACAGCAACAGGCCUCAUGGCUGCAGCCAUUGAAUACAGCGCCGUUGGUGAACGCGAUCCAUGACAUGCAGGAUCACAUCCGAAAACAGCAAGAAAUGAUGGCAGCUGUCAAAACAGCCAACACGCAAUCCCAGGCACAGCUUACGUCCCUCAUGUCCCAGCUUGUGACAGGGAGUGCUCUUUCGCCAAACAAUCCUCAUGGAGCUGCUUCAGCAGAAUUUUUGGCCUCGACGCCUCCGACAGUAUCUACUCGAGCAAGUAGUACCUCUUCUUUUUCAUCAAUUGCUGGACUGGAAGGCUCGUCGCUAGAUGGACUACAAGAGGUCCAGCUUGCUCCAACGUCAUCCCCCAUCUACUACAACUCUCAUGCCGUACCGGACGCUGCGCAGCUGUCCGCGAUGAAGCACGGCCUCGAGGAUUUCGCCGGACAACCUCGGCAACCAUUGGCUAACCUACAGCAUCAUGCCGCAGGCUCUUUGCUAGGUGGCGGACUAGCACUUGCGGAAUCGCGACGAGUCUUCUCGGACGCUGCCGAGGACGGCGCGCAGCAAACCACUAGCUCAACUAACGGUGGUGCGUCCGCAAAAGGAAGCAGUGCAGCCGCGGCCGAUGCGCACCAGGCGAAGGUGCCGCAAGACAUGCAGUUAGGCAUGGCUGAUUUGGGCGCACUGCCUUCCUUCGGCGCCACAGUGAGCGGACUACGCUCAUCCAUGACGUCCCCAGAAGCUUCAGCUGCCGCCAGCGAGGCGCUCCAGAAAGCCGCGAACGAGAUUGGUGCUUCUAGUGCUUCUUCUGAAGAAAUUCUCGCGAGUCUAGAACGAGAGAAGCACCGCUUCGAGCAUGACGUGGAACUGUCGUGGAAGCAGCACGAAGUGCAGAAGAAGCAGAUCGAAGCAGCAUCCGAGAAAGCGAAGGACACCAUCGCGCGUUUAGCUGAAAAACUCAGGAGCCAGAGCGAACAAACGGAAAUGCUGGACGCCCAACAAAGGUUGGAAGAGAAAACACUCGCUGCAUUAGGCAAGAAAAUGGGUAAAACUUAAUUCUUAUUCCUAAAUACUGACAGCCACAGCUAAAGCGAAGCGAAUCAGAGUAUUUUCACGACUUUGUCUUCGUUCACUUGCAUGUUGAGAAUAUAUAUUGGCCCGAUAAAAAACCGAACGCUUGUCCUUGCUUUUGAAUACAGAUGAUUCACCAUAACUUGUUGUUGCAGGUGGGACGCCACAUGUGGAUUUCUUGGGUAUCGAAAACAGGAGAAAGGAGAUUGAUAAGCAGUGGGAGGCACUUCAGAAGCUGCAAGAUCAAAGCUCUUCAGCAAAGAAGAACAAGGACUUCCUCUCGAAAUUCGGUGAGAACGCUGCAGUAGAUGAAGAAGAUACUGCCCCAUCGUCUAGUAUCUCCACUCUCUCCGCAGCAGGUACCUCUUUGCAGGACAACAGCGACCAUGGAAAGGAUAAUCAUUCAUCGUCCUCUAGAGCCAAUGCUUCAUCAGCAGGUAGAACACCUCAGAAAGUGAAAGGGCAGCAUGCCGAGGAGAGCGUAGAGAAAAGCAGGGGACUGAGUGUCGCGCUUGCUGAAACAAGUAGUCGCCACGCGAUUCGCGGAGACCAUGGUAGCAAGCACUACAAGUUGUCCUCAGUGACACAACAUCAAGAUCGUGGACUUUCCUCUGAACAAAACCUACCAGCUGUACCAGUAGAAAGAACAACGGAGGUGAUGGAUGAAUCUGGCAACAAACAUCACGCUGGUCAUAUGGCAACAUCAAUGAGCUGUGACCCAAGCCGCGUCGUGCCGAAGUCGAAGUGCUUGCGCCUCCACGGCAUGAAGAUCGGCAGUUACAAGGUCCACGUUUUGCAGCAGCGCGUCGUUUUGGCUGAUGCGCCGACGGGGUGCGCCUGGUACAAUCCGAACGCUGCGCCUGCUGCUGGGGGAGGGAGCACCAAUCAUCAGGACGCGCACGAACAACCAGCCUCGUCAUCCAAAGUGCCGGUCAUUGUCUACUUCAACGAGCAUCCGACAGGAGCGCAAGAGCGGCGUGCAGAUGGCGGUCCGGUAUGCCUGAAUCAGGAGGCGCUCGAUGCACCGGCCGCUAGCAGUGGUCACAGCAGCGUGUAA